CAUGCCUAAUUCUAAUUAACAAGAAGAGGCACUGUAAUUCUAAUUAGCUGCAUGAAACUAAAGAAAAAUUUUGCAUAAUUUUUGAUAAAGCGAGCUUUUGAUAACUAAAAGGCAUUUUAAUAUGUUAAUUACACUAAAUUAGGUUAGAAUGUUGAAAUGUGAAAAAAUCAACGGCUCCAAAAGUUUCUACUCGUUUUUUAAUAUUUACAAACGCAUUUAGUUUCAAGUGUUGAAUGAUAUAAUUGAUAAUUGGCGAUGUUUGCUUCAUUAAAGAACAAAAUUAAGGAAGAAACCGGCUCCGAUGUAAUCAGUACAACGAGCAGUGGUGGGGCCAAUAAUUUUACACCAACACCUCCACAUCCGCCACAUCAUCGAUUAGUGAAUCAUAGCAAUAAUAGCAAUAACAAUAAUCGUGACCAUAAUCGUCGUUUCCCUUCUACAAUCAGUGUAAAUUCCAAUGAUGACCAGCAGAAUGAUCAGCUUUCCUUGUUACGUGUCCAAUGUCAAGAUUUGCAAAAUCGUUUGCAUUCAUUGCAAGACGAAAAAUCACGUAUAGAGAAAACAAACGAGAUUCUUCUGGAGUCCGUAAAAGUAGCUCAAACGCAGAAAGAUCUAUAUUGUGAGGAGCAAGAAAAAAUUCAAAAUAUACAACAAAACGAAAUAGAAAAACUGAGAAGCUUGUUAGCAUUUCGUGAGCAAGAAGCUGUAGACCGUUUAUCAGGGCUAAGGCAAAGUCAGCAACAAGUCGAAAAUUUAACCUCCGAAUUGGAAAGACUUAAACAUCUAGAACUAGAAGUGGAAGACUUAAAGGAUGAACUUGAGCAUUUUCGGCAUGCCUCGCAACUUGAUAAAAAUAACCUCACUACAACAAUGGCUGCAAUGAAAGAAGAAAAUGAGCAUUUAAAAAUGAGAUUGCAAAUAGUGCAACAAUCCCGAGUGGAUUCCUUAAAUGCUCUCAGUACUGACGAGAAGCUCUUGGCGUUAGUACAAGAACGUAAAUUAUUGGAACAACAUUUGGAAGAGGCCCAUUUGCAAUUAUCCGAUAUUAAGAGCUCGUGGAGUGGUCAAAACUUAGCCUUAGAAACCCAAGUUAGCCGCCUAUCUAAGCAGGUGGCGGAAGAAACCACAGAAAAACGAAAAAUCCAAAAAAUCCGCGAUGACCUGGCAGAACGAGUAAAACAGUUGGAAUUCGACCUGAUAAACAUGAAAGAUGAAGUGCAGCAAAGAGAUGUUAAGAUAAAAUUAUUGGAAGAAGAGAUUGAUGAAUUAAAUUCAACUUUAAAAGAAUGCCGCGAAGAGAAUGAACAACAGAUACUCUUUGAGCGAAAUAAAUCCGAAAAUUUACAAAAGGAAAAUUUGGAAUUGAAAUGCAAAUUAGAAAGUAACGAGAACCGUUUCAAUGAUUUUGCCGCCGAUUCAUCUAAUGCCGCACAGAGUUUACGUCAACAAGUCGAUGAGCUGCAAAGUUCGCUGAAUCAAGAGAAAGAUGAAAAGCUGACUGCUUUACUGAAAAAUGCUGAAAUAUCUCAGAAUUUAGAUAUACUGCGAAAAGAGUUGAAAAGCGAGCAAGACGAGACCAACGAGUUGCAAGAGAAAAACAAACAACUUGAAUCCGAGCUUAAGACAAUAAAUGUGGAAAAGCAAACAAACAAAGAAAACCUGGAAGAAUUGCAAACGAUUAUGCAUAAAAAUGAAAAUAAACUCCGAGAAAUUGACGAUCUUCAAAGGGAGAUAGUUGAAAAAAAUAAGACUAUAAAAAUCCUAAACCAACGCUUGUUAGACUUAAAAAAGACUUUACAAAAAGAAUUCUGUAGCGUGAAAACUUCUGAAGGCAAUUGCAGUUGCGGGGAUCGAAUGCAUGCCGAUAAUGGUGUAGUAAUGGAUGAAGUGAAUUUCAAAUACUUGAAGCAUGUCAUCGUUAAAUUCCUGACUAGUCGUGAGGUGGAAGCUCGCCAUUUGUUACGUGCCGUAGCCACUCUAUUGAAAUUAACGAAAGAAGAAGAGAAACUAUUGCAUGACACUUUGACUUGGAAAAUGAGUUGGUUUGGCUCGAAACCUGAUCACGGCAGUGGUCAACAUGCCUUUUCCAUACCACCCAGUUAGUAAAGUUUGUCUUUCUUUGUUUAUUCAUUUAUUUUCUUAGGUAUAAAAUCGAAAUUUGUGCAAUUUGAGUCUUAAUUCGAAUACAUUAAGUAGCCCUUUUUUACGAAGUAUUAUUAUAAAAAAAAAAAAUGCUAUUAUUUUUU